AUGCAGUGCAGAAUCAUGCCUGUGGGCAAAAACUCUGAAAUCAGUUAUAGAGUUAAAUGUGUUUCUGUGGAAAAUGAACGUGUUUUUGGGGAUUUCUUUGUCACCCAGCAGACUCAAAAUUCAGAAUAUUGUGCGGAUUAUUUUUCCCCUGCUAGUAAGGCGAAGAAAUUUAAUUUGACGAGGAAGACUUUAGAGAGUCCGGAUUUUAUGAAAAUGAAUAGCAAACCUGUGAGUCGGCGAAGAAGUACUAUUAGUCAUCGUUCGGAACAGAUUCCAAAAAAUUAUCAAAGAUCGAAAUCUGUCGGAGAUGACGUUUUAGGAGGAAUUGAAAUCGAGGAUUUGAAAAUUGAAGAAGUCAAGAAGCAGAAGAUAUAUCCGGAACCUUUGAAAAACAUAGAAACGAAAAAGCCGGAAGAGGCAGUAUCAACUUUAGUGGACAAACUUCUUUCGGACAUUUAUGGAAUUCCAUUCAGUGAUAGGGGAAGAUCUGAUAGUGAUUCAUCCACUUCUUCCAGGGCAAAUGCUCGACCUUAUAAUUUGCAGAAAACUCGCCUUUCACUUAAAAGUGUAGAAGAACUUUAUGUCGUACUUAAAACUUUAAAAGAACACGUUAGCCAUGCAGGUGGACUUCUGAUUCGCCAGCUGCGUCGCCGGGAUUACCUUAUAGCAAAACGUGAUAAACAAUGUGAUGUUAUCACCGCACAUCUUCAAGCUCAUAGCAAGAAAACGAGUGAAGAUACGAGAAUGAGAUUUAGUUUGGCACCCCAAGCAGGAGAAAGUGGUUUUACGCAAUGGCUGGAUGCUAUGAAAAUGGUGGCCAAAUUACCGGGAGGAAUUCCAGCGGAGUUUCGAAGCACGCUGUGGAUAACACUGGCAGAAAGACAUUUAGAUCAGCGCAGAGUGGAUUGGAAGCAAGCGGAAAAAGUUUGUUUCAACGAGUGGAGUAAUCCAGAUGACGAAGAACUGGGUACUCAAAUUGUCAAGGAUCUCCAUAGAACUGGAUGCAGCUUAUUCUGCGGAGCAGCCGGUCGAGAUAAUCAGGCUGUUCUUCGUCGAGUAUUACUUGGCUUUGCACGUUGGAACAAGUCCGUGGGCUACUGCCAGGGUUUAAAUGUUCUGGCAGCAUUGAUUCUUCAAGUAGUCGAUCGUGCAGAGUCUUCUGCUGUUAAGGUGAUGAUCCACUUGAUAGAAGGUGUCUUGCCAGAGGGAUAUUUUGCUGAUAAUUUACGAGGACUUUCGGUCGAUAUGGCAGUAUUUCGUGACCUUUUGCGAAUGAGACUACCCAGGUUAUCUAAGCAUCUUGAGACUCUACAAAGCCAAACCAAGGACAAAGCUACAGGCAGUAGUUACGAACCACCACUGACAAAUGUAUUUACAAUGCAAUGGUUCCUCACGCUUUUCUGCCACUGUUUACCUCAAGAGGCAGUACUGCGAGUCUGGGAUCUUAUUUUUCUCGAGGGUGAUGAAGUUCUUCUGAGGACUGCCUUAGCAAUUUGGGAAGGUAUCUCUGAACGAAUAAUGACCGUCAAAUCAGCAGACGAGUUCUAUAGCAUAAUGGGAGUACUGACGCGAGAAAUGCUCGAGUUCACGGACACUAACAAUCUUAUAAAGAAUAUCGUCAGCAUGGGGCCUUUGUAUGGAGUCACGAGCCUAAGGGAAAAACAUCGAUACAACAUUACACCUUGGACUCGCAGAUUAAGUGAGGACGAGGAAGACAGCGAAACUGAAGAGGAUGAGAGGUUGGCAGUAGCCGCAGCAGCAGCUAUUUUUAGUAUGCCACACAGGAAAAAAGAUCGCACAUCUUCGGCUUUAGGAGCUUUGCAGACUCUUGGCAGUGACCGGGAUAGACUGGCUUUGGAUAUAACUACGCUGAAGCAGCAAUAUGCAAAACUACGAGAGCGUCAACGUCAGGCUCACAUAAUACUUUCUGCUGCUUGUGCAAGACAAACGAUGGUACCACCUCCAACCUCAGCCAUGAAUCAUCUGCUUGUUGGUAAAAGUGCUUUAGUCAGUGGAAGAAGUCGUCAGAUUGCUCCAUCUCCUAUAACUGCUACUUCAAAAGUAAAAUCUCUGAGCCGCUUGAGUCCGAGAAGUCAAAGUAGAAAAGAGAGACAGGCUGUUACUUUGCAUUGGAAGGAUAUGAAAAAACGCAAGGAUGGCAAAGAAAUUUCUGAUGAUGAAGGAGGACAGGUUAGCACGUUAGUACAUUCACCCGAAACAAUCUCUGUCACAAUGACAUCACAAAGACGCAGCAGUGCUGACAGCGACAGUGACAGCACAUCAACAGAACUUUGUGAUGAACCCGAUCGUCUCAGCGAUUUAGACAGUGAAGAAGCAACUUCCACCUCGGACUUUUACGCCAUGGUAACGGAUGACGAAAAAAGUCCUCGAAUUGGAAGUUCUCCAAUUGCAGGUCAAACUCCAGCUAGAAUUCAGCCGGAAGUGAGAAAUGAGUUCGCGAGUGUUCGUGUCAUUGAUAUUCCUCUGGAUAGUCUAGAGAAAACUGAUGAGCAAUUAGAUGUCGAGGAGACAUCGAUCGCCGAAAUAACUGAUCAGAUUCGAAGACUAUCCGCUGGUGAUAACGAUGUUCUAAUGUCCAAAGUGCUAUGUGAUCGUGAAAGUGAAAAAAUAUUUCCAGAGGAUUCCAAAAGUGUCUCCCUUGAAGAAUUCAAAGGCUCCUUCGAGUCCUUAGGUACCUGUCCUUUUUUAGGGAAUAGUUGUAGAGUAGGAGAGACCGAUCUUGACUCAAAUGUAAAUGAAAGCGAAGUUGACCUUGAGGAGAAAUAUCAGUACAGGGAAAUUAGGGUUGAUGAGAAUGCAGUUAGUAUAAACAAUGACCGAACUAUUGCGGAUUUUAAUUAUGAUUACAAAAGUUUUGAUAUUUCCUUUCGUCCGGAUAUCAUUAAUUCUGAUGAGAGUACCUUAAAUCACCAAAUCUCUGGAAGGAGUUAUAUAGAAGGACAUUUGCCAAUUUCACCCAGCGUCACUGGCCAGGAAUCAGGAAAGAUUUCCUUCGAUACAGAAUCCAGGAGUCAGCCUAAAGAGUCUAAUGGUUGGUUUCAUAAUUUGGAUUACUCCUACCAGAAAACAGUCGUGGAAAAGAAAAACAGUCCAAAGACACCAGAAUCCAUCAGUUCUGGAGAAACGAUGGGACCUGAUUCCAAGCCCUCUAGUUUAACAGUGAGUCCACGAACACCUUUGAGAUCAGAGGCAAGGGAUUUGACACUCGACAAAUCAAGUUGUUCCUCUGUAAGCUCUAAUUCAAAAACCUUGACUCUCCAGUCUGUUGAUAAUGAUAUGAUAUACGCGAGAGCAAAUCUCGAGCCAAAAAUUCCUUCCACUGAUAAAUCUUGUCCCUCGACUCCAAUUAGUGUGGAUUCUCUAAAGGCAAAGUCAGAUUUUAGUAGUCCAAAGCUUGUGGUGAGUAGCUCUAGUGAAUCUUGUAGUCCCAGCAAAUUUAAGUCUUCCGAAAUCUCGUUCAGUUCGGACCUUCAGUCGCCGAUAAGUGCCAAUUCUAUAAAGUUCACUUCAAACUAUAAAGAUAACAGUGAUCUUUCUGAAACCUCGCCGAUUGAAUUAACAUCAAUUACCUCUCCCUUUUAUCCGAUCGCCCACCCUAAUCAAAAAACACCUUCUCCAUAUGAUGCCCUUUCGAAACAAAAAGCAGACAGCACUGGAGUUUCACCUAACCACAGGUACUCAACACCUCGAGAUUUAUUUAAAUCCGAUUAUUCAUUUAGCGAAAGUAAAAGCAAACCCAUAGAAAUAUUUUCCUCGGAAUAUCAAACAUAUGAAUCAGAUUCCAGUUACAAAUACAAUAUUGAUCCUGAUCUGGGUCCUAAGAUCAGUGGAAGUGCCUUCCACUCCUAUCAGAAAGGGGGCACACUCUCAGCACUACCCCGGGAAAAUGAACUCAAUCGUUUAAGUGCCGAAAAUAACUCUUGUGGAAGAACAGAUUACACAAGGCCCUUCGAAAGAAGCUGUAGUAGCUUGGAUAAGAAAUUCUUAGACCUGGUUUCUCCUGGUUCCAAUGAGGAGCUAGCUUCUUCAGUAAAGAAAAGAUCAAGCGAUAUUCUUGAAGAUUUGAAGCAUCUAGAAUCUAAAAGUGAUGGUACAUCAGAUACGAAUAUGCUGACUAAGAAAACAGGGUACAUUUGGGAAGAUGUUCAGGAUUUAGAAGCAAGAAGGCAGGAUACCUUUAGCGACUCGGCGAGUGGGUUCUCCAAACGUCAAAUAGAUAUUCCUGGCAUCAGUAUAUCCAAUGAGAAUAGAAAAACCUACAUAGUUGAACCCAAAAUCAACAUAGACGAAAGCAGUGACAGUAUAUUAAAGAAGGUGAGUCAGAAUAGUCAUAGGAAAGAUUCUGAUGACGACAGGGAUUCAAAACUGGGUGUAUGGACGAAAGUCAAACCUAGGAAGAUAGGUGACAGUGGACGCAGGAGUAGUAGUGACAGGGCUCUUAAAAUUAUUCAAGAAAAUUCAGCAAUUCUCCAAAAAAUUCUAACUUGCCAAGCUAAGAAGCGUUUACCUGACCUGGAAGAAAUAUCGAAAGAAAUCACGAUAAGUCCAAUAAAUGAAGAAAUCUCCAAGAUAUUCAGUCCCAUUUUAGAGAAGAUGGGCUUGAGUGAACACGAGAUCAACGAAGAACUAGCGAGGAUCAAUAAUUACAAGGACAUGGAUCACAUGACCUCAAGUACUUCUGAAUUUAAUGCCAAAAUGAAUGAUGAACUCUGCAAGUUUUCCUUAAUUGGCGACGAUGAGUAUGUUGAUCCGAACGAUUUUGAUGAGAUAAUCUCUCAGGAUUACCUCAAGACUAGAGAUGCCUGUAUUGAUCGUCAAAUCAACGAAGAACUUUCGAAACUUUUAUUAAAUUACGAAGGAGACUCCCCAGCCCCUGUGAGCAGAUUCAAACAAGAUUUGGAUCAAAAUAUCGACAUAUAUAAAUACAAACCAACCAACCAACCCCUGAAACCAAAUGGGUCUAUUUCUAUUCCGGAAAAAGUCCUUCAUUCAGAAAAAUACAGCCCGUAUGAAGAUCCAAUCUUACCUAGUCUAACACCGUCCUACCAAUCGACAACUUAUUCCACAACAAAGUACAUACAUUCGAAAUUCACACCAAAAAGUGAUAUUGACAUCUACAGAGAGCUGGAGAAACUGGAUCAGAUAUCUUCUGUUAAUGUUUUGUCAACUGCUUCAAACGAAAUUCCUGAGGCGAAUAAAGCAUCUGUUCCCUAUAUUCCCCAUAUUCCAGAAACUUCACCUUAUUCUGAAGUGAGAAUUUCUAACUUGGACUACUCCAUCCAGGCAGAGAAGCCUUUUAAUACUUCUCCUCAAAAGAGCCCUUAUGAUACUUACAAACCCUAUGAUUUCAAGUCCAGCAUAUCACCCAGGAAGACACCUAAUAGUCCUUACUCGGCACGAAGCUAUGAAAAAUCUUAUGCUGAUUCCAGUUUUGAUCUCAGCAACCAGAAGACUUUUGAUUUUGAUUUUGGUCACAAGAAGGUCCUCUCGAAGGAAACUUUGGAAUUUAGAGUUCGCUAUGACGAUGAGCCGAAGCCUAUCCGAGAAGUGGAUUUGACUCUCUCUCCAUUUCCAACCGACUUGGCUAAUCUAGAUAAGGGUUUAUCUUAUUAUACCGAUAAGUCACUGACUCCUACAAGCAGCAUUCAACCAAUGAAGUAUACAAAAAAUGAUGAAAAGUUUUUGACUUCGACUGCUCUUUCUCCUCUGGAGUACAAAUACGACAGAUCAGAUCAUUAUGUCCACAGAAAGUACGAGUCGAUUUCUCCGAAGAAUUAUGAAAAUUCCCAGACGGAUUUUGAUAGACAACCUUAUAAAUUAACAAACAUGGUACCCGGAACGGAAUCUUAUUCUUAUUUCAUGACAGAGCAAAUGAGAGAAUCUCAUUUAUCAUCUACAACUAAUCAGUUUGCGGAUCAUAAGUUUGCUCAAUCAACGAAUCCUUUUUUGGCACAGUUGGCUCCAGGUUUGGAAGAAGCUUCGAAAAGGCCCGUUUCCCAUCCGGAGUUUCCAGAUAAGUUAAAUAUGACAAAAUACUGCGAUUUGUCCUCAAUUGAAUCAGCCAAUCAUAGGAAAUCAUCUCUGAGUCUAGGGAAUAUUGGCCAUGUUAAUAGGCCAGCUGGCGUAGGCUUUGAUGGUGGUCUGAGUCCCAAGUCGAAUUUUAGUCCUUUUCCUGUGAGAAAUGCUCCAAGGAAGCCCAGAGAGUUAGGGUUAAAGUUGGGCCUUUAUUCACCUACGAGUCCUGGAAAAAGUGAAGGAAAAAAAUCCUAGUAUUCGACGAUCAGGGAAGCUGACUGAUGGUUUUGAUUGCCACUAAAAAUAGCAGAAGUUCUCUGAUCUCUACUUGUCUAUGAAAAGAUAUUCGAAGUUAUGGCAAAUAUGUUUUGUUUUUAUGAAAGAUUGGCUUUUGGAAAAUAUUCUAGGGGUGUUAAUUACCUGAUAUUAAUUAAUGCCUGAUAAGCAAAAUGUUUAAAUUGGGAACUUUUUAAACGAGAUAAUAUAAAAUUAAGAGGUUGAAGAUGAAAGUAUUCAUACCAAUUCCACAAAUAAAAAUUAAAGUAACUCCAGUUUUUAAAUCGAAACUCCUAAAGCCUAAGUAAUUUGAACUGUAAAGUGUUAAUAGAAUUUUUUUGAUUUAAAACUCCAAAUUUCUGCAAUCCCUUAGAAUAAGCCUGGUUAAAAAUGAAUUGAAUUGAUCAUAAAGAGAAUUAAAAAUUUGUUUAUAAGUAGAUUAGAGAAUAUAGAUUGUUAAGUAAAUUAAAAUUUAACUCAUAAGUCGAGUUUGAAUAUUUUCUUCACUUUGUACAAAUAAUGAUAAAUUCUAAAAUUAUAUGGAAAAUAAAAUUGUAACCACGAAUCUUUGUUCAGAGAAUUUAAACUUCUCCUCUAAUGAGAUCUAUGGAUAAAUGAUUGAAGAUAGCCUAAGUUUUUAGGGAAAACCACCCCACAGUAAAUAAUUAAUAAUUGAAAAUACUAAUUUAUGUCAAAUAAUUGUUAAGACACCGUAUGUGUUAAUUAGGGUGGCCCAAAAAUGCAUUCCAAUUUUUUUUCACUUUAUAGGACAAGAAACUCCCCUCCCCCAAAAAGUGUCAAUUUCCGGAGGAAAAAAUCUAUACUUUUUUUUUUUGAAAUUUAAAUAUAAACAAAAUUCAAAUAGUAACUGGGCACUUCAAAAUGCCAUUUGAUUAACAUGGGGUAAUUUUUGAUUUUUUAAAAAUUGAACUCAUGUUCCAGGGUUUCAUCGAAACGUGC